GGCAAGCUGGAGCGGACCUGUCUGUCUGACCGUGGGGUUUGCCUUGGGCGACUUUACACGGGACCUGCUGUAAGGAGGAAGGCGGAUCCGGGUUUAUAUGAAGACCACCAGACACCGCGUGCAGCAUGCAUCGACUCUCGGGCAAACGAGGAGGGGACGGUCUGAUUGAGAUGAGCCCAACAGACUCCUUCAAUGAUGAUGUGAAUGGCUAUGGACAGCAUACAAAUGAAGACAUGGGCUCCUUCCACCAUGACGGACCAGAGAUUGACAAACAACACCAGAGCAAAGAUUCCAUAUUCUUUCGAGAUGGAGUGAGAAGGAUCGAUUUUGUCUUGUCCUAUGUAGAAGAUAAAGAUGAUGGUAGAAAACCGGAGAGAAGGAAUGUUUUUGAGGAGAAUCUCAGAAAAGUUGGUUUGGACCUGGAGACAGAAGACAAAUCUGAGUCUGAAGAUGGAAAGACAUAUUUUGUAAAGAUUCAUGCUCCGUGGGAGGUUUUGGCAACCUACGCAGAUGUGCUGAAAAUCAAGGCCCCAUUCAAGGCUAAUGACAUCCCCGAGAACAGGGAGAUGCCCAUGGGCUGGCUGGCCACGCCCAUCCGCCUCCCAGAAGAUAUCAUGUAUCCUGAGCCAGACUACUUCACUGCCCCCUUUGACAAAAACAAAUCAGACUUCUUUCUUAUCGAUGACAAGGAUACUUUCUUUCCCCCAUCAACCCGGAACAGGAUAGUUUAUUACAUCCUGUCUCGAACUUCAUACUUCCAUGACUGUGAUAGGGAUAAAAUCGGAAUAAAAAGGUUACUGAACAACGGCACCUACACUGCUGCCUUUCCACUUCAUGAUUGCAGAUACUGGAAAAGCUCCAGCUAUUCCAACUGUGAAAGUGAAAGAUAUAAACUUUACAAAUACUGGGCAAGAUUUCUAUGUUUUUUUAAGGAACAGCCCAUUCAUCUAAUACGGAAAUAUUAUGGAGAGAAAAUAGGUCUUUAUUUUGCAUGGCUGGGCUUCUACACUGAGAUGCUGUUGUUUGCUGCAGUUGUGGGCACCAUUUGUUUUGUCUAUGGGUUGUUGACCUAUGAGGAGAAUGAAUGGAGUAAGGAGAUUUGUAACGAGGACAUUGGAGGCAAUAUUGUCAUGUGCCCACUUUGUGACAAGAAAUGUGGCUACUGGAAACUCAGUAAAAUAUGUAACUCCUCUUGGCAAUCACAUCUAUUUGACAAUGUAGGAACAGUGUUCUUUGCCAUCUUCAUGGGGAUAUGGGUGACCCUGUUCCUUGAGUUCUGGAAGCGGCGUCAGGCCCGUCUGGAGUACGAGUGGGACCUGGUGGACUUUGAGGAGGAGCAGCAGCGGCUGCAGCUCCGGCCCGAGUAUGAGACCAAGUGCAGUGAGCGCAAACUAAACGUCAUCACUCAGGAACUGGAGUGGGUUCUUAACAGGACUGCCCCGAGUCUUAUGGCGAAACUGUUAAUUUGCUGGGUGGCUGUUGUAUUUUGGAUCACUUUGAUCAUUGCCUGUAUCGUGGGGGUGAUUGCAUAUCGCCUGGCUGUAUACGCAGCAUUUGCCAGUAUCAUGAAAGACAGUCCCACCAACCAACUGCACGUAGUGGGCCCCUACAUCACCCCACAGCUGGCCACAUCUGUCACUGCCUCGUGUAUCAACUUUGUCAUCAUCAUGCUGCUCAAUCUUAUGUAUGAGAGAGUGGCUAUUUGGAUUACUGACAUGGAAAUCCCAAAGACACACCUGGAGUAUGAGAACAAGCUGACAGUGAAGAUGUUUCUCUUCCAAUUUGUCAACUACUACUCCUCUUGUUUCUACGUGGCAUUCUUCAAGGGCAAGUUUGUAGGAUACCCCGGAAACUAUGCUUACUUUUUCGGGUCAUGGACCAAGUUAAGAAAUGAGGAGUGUGAUCCUGGUGGCUGUUUGAUUGAACUCACAACACAGCUAGUAAUAGUUAUGACCGGCAAACAGGUGUGGGGCAACAUCCAGGAAGCCUUGGUGCCAUGGUUAAUGAACUGGUGGGGUAGCAGGAAAGCUCGAUGUCAUCCAGAGAGUCUGUACAGUCGCUGGGAGCAAGACCACGACCUCCAGCCAUUUGGACAAUUGUUGCUCUUUGAUGAAUACCUGGAAAUGGUGAUCCAGUUUGGCUUCAUCACGCUGUUCGUGGCCUCUUUCCCCUUGGCUCCGCUGUUGGCGCUCUUCAAUAACAUAAUUGAGGUUCGAGUUGACGCUUGGAAACUCACCACUCAGUUCAGACGUCCUGUGGCAGCCAAAGCCCACUGCAUUGGGGCCUGGGAGGAAAUCCUCAACGGGAUGGCUGUUCUCUCCGUGGUCACUAAUGCCUUUAUUGUGGCCUUCACGUCUGAUAUGAUCCCUCGGCUGGUCUACAUGUACGCUUAUCAGCCCGACGGCCAGAUGAACAUGAAGGGCUACAUCAACAACAGCCUGUCCGUGUUCAACAUCACCGAGUUUCCUGCAGAGAGUCGGCCUGAGGAUGGAGAAAAUCCCUCUUGGUUUAACAGCUCCGUUACUACCUGCAGAUACCGUGAUUAUCGCUAUCCCUCUGGCCAUGAGAAUCAGUACACCCACACUAUGCAGUUCUGGCACAUAUUGGCUGCUAAGCUGGCAUUCAUCAUUAUCAUGGAGCAUGUUGUGUUCAUGGUCAAGUUUGUGGUAGCUCGUUUGAUUUCGGACGUGCCUUCUGAAGUGAGAGCCAGAGUGAAGAGAGAGCGAUACUUAGUCCAAGAAUAUCUCCACAACUAUGAAGUAGAAAAACUUAAAAUGCAGCUCCAAAAACACGAGGAAGAAGACUGUACAUGCCCGCCAAUGAUAUACCCAACAAUACCCAACAAUGAUUUUGUUUCAGAUCGUCUUUAGCCCAGGAUGAGCUGAAAUGACACGAGGCGUGGGAUCCUGAGACCUGCUAAAGUAUAAGACAAUUUACCACCCAAGUGUGCUACUGUACUUCACUAGAAAUACAGUUAUAUACUUGUAAAAUGAUGCAUACUGCUCAAAAAGCCCUAGCAUGCUGAUACCAAAGAUGAACUAAAUCCUUAAUGUUACUAAUUUUCUACACUUAUUAUGUUAUGGACAGUACCACAAUUUACUGUAAGACAAAUAUCACUGUGCUAAACACGUGCUUUUAAUCUAUUUAAAAUGCUAGAGGACAAGUUCUGCCUUAACCUAUGAAUUACCUUGUAUGUUAUUUAACCAAAUAAUGUUAUGCAAAGUAUAAAAUAACAUGUGAAGUGAAAUUAUAUGAAGAAGUGGCUCACUGUUACUGAUGUGAGCAGUAGGAUCAUCAGUUGUUUUGCAGCAUCUGGUGGUGCAUGUUAUGAUAAAAAUGUUAACAGAAAGACUAAAGAAAAUGUGCCUCUAUAAAACUUAAUGCUGUUAAUGAAAAGGUAUCUUGAAUUUGUCAGAAGAGUCCAGGUGUGAUUUAUGUUUGCACAGAGCACUUGAUACAUGCAGCUUUUGGUUGGAAGUGAUUUUGUUUUUUAUGUAUAGUUUUAUACAACUUUUUUCAAAAUAAAUGAAGAAUAUUAUGAAUUGAAUAGACAAGAAUUAUGUAACUGAAAUUUAUUAUUUAAUGUCAUUAUUUUAAUUUAAUAUUUGUCAAUAUCAUAAUUUGUCUGCCUUUUAUCUGUUACUGAAUCUAGCAUAAAGGUUAUGCAUUAUUUAUACACUCAGAUGCCUUAAAUGUAAUUACAAUGACUAUUUUUCUCCUUUUCAAGAUGGCUGUUUUCAAAGUGAAAUAAGGGAAAGCAAACCACUUGACUUUUCUCAUAUACUAAUAUAUAUAUAUA